GUGAACCAUCACAUUUGACUCUUGACAUCCUCCAUCCUUAGGUGUCCGAAGUUGCAUUUUCUUCAUCUUCAUUGACAACAGCCAAAAAAAAAUGGUCGCUAACAACCUCAUCUACCACCCUGCGCUGGCGCACUGGCUACGCUUCGUCGCGACAACCGUCGGCCGCGAUAAGCUCCUCCGCACAAUCCAAUAUUUCUCCCGAUUCUACGCGUGGUACCUAUACCGGACGAACAAGCCGCAGUCGGCGAUCGACCCGUACAAUGCCGUGAAGAAGCAGUUCGGCACGACCCGCAAGAUUAUGCGUAUCGGCAAAUUCCUUGAGCAUCUCAAGGCCGCCGCCGUCGCUUUCGAUAACAAGAGUCCCGUCGACCCCGUCCUGCGCUACCUGGCUAUCGGUCGCCAGCUCGGUUAUGCCGGAUACCUGACUCUCGACGCUAUCACAGUCAUCGAUGUCAUCGGAAUUCGGAAACUGUCUUCCGCUAAGCAGCUGCAGCAGUCCGCUUACCGCUCCUGGGCUGCGGGUCUGAUUUUCAGUACUGUGGCUGGUGUUUACACUCUUGUUCGUCUCCAGGAGAAGGAGAAGACUAUUGACCGUAAGGAGGGUGAGGGUGUUGUCGAGGCUAAGAAGAUUGAGAAGGAGCGCUCUGCUGCUCGGAUACAACUCCUCUCUGAUGUUUGUGAUCUGGCUGCGCCUUUGACUGCUAUUGGUGUCCUUAACCUCGACGAUGGCCUCGUCGGUAUCACAGGUACCGUCAGCAGUUUGAUCGGUGUUUGGUCCCAGUGGCGCAAGACCGCCGUACCUGUCUAAGCGGUGUAUGUAUACUUUG